AGAGCAGGAGAGAACACAAAGUCGUCAAAAAAGAAACUGUCAAAUGGACAAGACCAAUUCCCAAGAUGAUUUAGAUAGCACCGAAGAGGAUUUUGAGGCAGAUGAUGACUACGAUCCAGACUUCGAGAAAGAUGAUGAUUCGGACUUUGAGCCUGGCAUCGAAGACAGUAACGCCAAAAGCGUCGAUGGUAGUGACCUUAAGUGUCCCCAUUGCCCAAGAACGUUCUUCAAGAAAGGCCAUCUUAGGCUGCACUUGCGUUCCCACACAGGAGAAAGACCCUUCAAGUGUUCUCAUUGCCAAAAAGUGUUCCCCAAGAAAUCCAAACUACACGAACACUUACGAACUCACACAGGAGAAAAACCUUUUAAGUGUUCCCACUGCACAAAGGCGUUUUCCGAGCUUUCUAAUCUUAAGCGUCACUUGCAACUCCUCACAGGAGAGAGACCUUUCAAGUGUUCUCAGUGCUCGAAGGCUUUCGCCCAAAAAUCAGGUCUAAAAACUCAUCUGACAAUUCAUUCGGGAGAAAAACCAUAUCGGAAGCCUAUCAAGUGCUCCCUCUGCCCAAAAACUUAUACCAAUAGAACACUUUUAACGAUUCACAUGAGAUGGCACACGGGGGAACGACCAUUCAAGUGUUCCCACUGCUCUAAAGAUUUUACCAACAAAGGAGCCCUUCUGUUGCACACGCGCCUACACACAGGAGAAAAGCCGUUUAAGUGUUCCCAAUGCCCAGCAGCGUACACCACUAGUUCCUAUCUCAAGCGUCACUUGCUAAGUCACGCAGAAGAAAAACCCUUUAAAUGCUCCCAUUGUUCGAAAGAAUUUUCCAUAAAAACAAGUCUUACGAUUCACUUGCGAACGCACACAGGAGACCGGCCUUUCAAGUGUUCCCACUGCGCGAAAUCAUUCAAACAGAAUGCAACCCUUUGGCAACACCUGCGGGUCCACACAGGGGAACGACCAUUUAAGUGUACCCACUGCUCAAAGUCCUUUCAAACUAAAGCUUGUCUGGAACUACACCAUUCUGUGCAUACUGCAGAUCGACCUUUCAAGUGUUCCCAAUGCUCAUCGGCCUUUAAAACCAAGCCAAAUCUCAGGCAGCACUUGAGAAUGCACAAAGGAGAACAGCCAUUCAAGUGUUCUCAGUGCUCGAAAGCUUUCUACCGGAAGGAUCACCUUACGAAACACUUGGUGUCGCACACAGAAAAGAAGUGCUCUCACUGCUCACAGUCUUUUAAGGAUUAUUAUAGCCUGAAGAAACACUUGAAAACGCACUCAGAACGAAUCAAGUGUUCCCAAUGUUCAACAACGUUCAAGAACAAAAUGUGUCUUCGGAAGCAUUUGCGUUUAAAGCAUUAAAA